AUGGGAAAAGAGGCAGGUGGAUUAGGCAAUAUUGACUACACUCAUGAUGACUUAAAACGUUAUCCACAAACAAAAAGAGAGAGGGGAUUAAAGUAUGGUGAAACUGGUGCAAUGCUACGAUACUUUCAAGAACAAAAAUUGGAGAAUCCGUCAUUCUUCCACGCUGAGCAGCUUGAUUGUGAAGAACAAAUUACAAAUAUAUUUUGGGCUGAUGCAUCAAUGCUGAUGGAUUAUACCUAUUUUAGGGAUGUGGUUACAUUUGAUACCACAUAUAAAACUAACAAGGAGUACAGACCAUUGGGCGUAUUUGUGAGAUUCAAUCAAUUUAGACAAUUGGUUAUUUUUGGAGCAACCCUAUUGUAUGAUGAGACCAUUGAAUCAUUCAAGUGGGUGUUGGGUACAUUUGUAGAGGCAGUUUGUGGAAAGCACCCAAAAACCAUCUUCACAUAUCAGGAUACAGCCAUGGCCGCUGCAAUUUCAGCUGUUAUGCCUUCAAUAUACCAUGGUCUGUGCACUUUUCAUAUUAGAGUCAAUUUCAUGAAACACCUUGGGAACUAUUACAAGAAUGGUAGUAAUCUCCCAUAUAGAUUUGCUGAAUGUAUGUAUGAGAUAGAAGAUGAAAAUGAGUUUAUCAUGGCCUGGGAUACAAUGUUAAAAGAACACAAGCUCGAAACAAAUGAAUGGUUGUGUGGCAUUUAUACGUAUCGAAAGAAAUGGGCAAAAUGCUUCAUAAAAGGCGCCUAG